UCCCGUGGGGCUGUGCGGCAGCGGGUGUUCGGGUCCCGGCAUGGAGCGGGGCGGCCCCGCGCUGGAGCUGAAGCUCUGGGCGGCCCAGGAGAUGGGGCUGCCCCCCGCGAAGGUGCCCCCCGAUGGGGCCUUCCGCCGGAUGUGCUCAGGCCAGUGUGCGGAGAUCUGGAGAUACGUCACCCGGCACGUGCACCACCAGAGGAAUGUGAAGAAGAUCCGAGGGAACUUGCUGUGGUACCAGCAUCUGGAGGAGGCAGAGGGAAAGCCCAGUGGGUCAGAACCGGAGCAGGAGCGGCGCCAGCAGCUGGCCCAGGGCGUGGCCCGCCUGCGUGGGGAGCUGCAGCAGUUAGACCUGCAGAUGGAGACAGCCCAGCGUGAGGUCAUGGCUGACGAGAUCUCCCUGGAGGCAGCCCAGGAGCGGAUCCGUGAUGCCCAGCGCCGCUCCCUGCUGCUCAAGGCCUAUGCAGCCCGUACAGCCAAGGAACGCCUGCAGCUGCAGGGCAGCGUAACACAGCUGAGGGGGCGACUGGAGCAGCUGCAGGACAUCAGCAGAAAGGCCAAGGUGGAGCUGACGGUGGGAGGGAAGGUGCCUGACCUCGGAUUUGCUGGCAUGGAGCCUGAAGUACUGCGGGACGUGCGGACGGCCUGCCAGCUGCGCUUCCACUUCCUGAGGUCGCUCUUCGAGCACAGCACGUCUGGGACCCUCCCCAGCGGGACAAGCGAGGAGCUGCUGGACGCAUCCUACCAGCACUGGCUGAGCACGGUGGAGGACAUCGUGGGUUCCCACCCUCCCAACCAUGUCCUGGCAGCCCUGGAGCACCUGGCCCUGGAGAACACCCUGCAGAUGCAAGAGCUCACCAGCCACAUUGAUAUUCCCCGCGACGUAGAGGCCCUCAAGUUCCGCUACGAGAGCUCCCGCCUGGAAGACCUGGUGGGGCCGCCAGCAGCCCUGCCCUCAGUCCGGGGCCUCAUACAGGAAGGCUGGAGCAGGUGUGAGGAGCUGUGGGUGCAGCAGCUCCCCCUGCAGGCCCGGGAGCGGCACGGCACGGCACGGCUGGCCUCCCUCGUGCAGGAGAUGCACCGGCUGCUGGCGGACGGCUCGGAGCGCGCCAUCCUCGCCAGGGCGGUGCUGGAGCUGGAGCUGCGGGCUGUACGGCUGGCUGGACUGCGGGAUGGGCUGCACCGGGGCUGCCGAGAGCUGGAACGGGAGGCAAGUGCCCGCCACGCAGAGCUGCAGGCCUUGCAGAGCAAGCGGCAGCGCAUCCUGGACUUCCGCCACCUGGUGCGCGAAAAGCAGCAGCAUGUCCGGGCGCUGAUCAAAGGCACCUCCUACAUCAAAUCCCAGCUCCGCAAGGACCAGGCCGAGGUCCAGGCCUUCGUGCAGAGGAAGCUGCUGGGCCCAGAGCAGGAUGUGACACUGGAGUCGCAGCGGCUGCACGGGGGGGUGGAGCGCAAGGUCCGGCAGCUGGGGGCCAUCGCCCUCCCCUGCCUCCUGCGCCGCAGCCUCCUGGGGUCCCAGCAGGUCCCGGCUCAUGAGCUCUCCAUCCAUAGGCUGGACCGGACGGCGCUUGCCCAGCACCGGGCCUUCCUCACUGUGUGCCAGGCUUCCGGGUUCCCUCUCUACAAGGCCCCGGAGCACCUCCUGCCCCACAUGGCUGAGCUGAAGAAGGAGCUGCUGGCCCUGCGUGCCCAGCUGGGCUACAAGAACUGGGCGCUGGCCAGCCUGCAGCAGCGCCAGGGCUCCCGGGGGACCGACGCGCAAGCCCUGGUGCAGGCCCUGCGGGACCACGACCGGGAGCAGGCCGGAGCCCUGGGGCCGCGGAUCCAGCUGGUGACGGAGCAGUGCAGGCAACGCAUCGAGCGCUGGCCCGAGGUGCAGGCUGCCAUCGACGCCUGGUGGGAGCAGCCAGGGCAGUUUGUCCUGCCUGCGGAGCAUCGCCUGGGCCUCACCUUGCAGCAGUGGCUGGAGCGCUGGACCCUGGCCCUCAAGACCCUCCAGCAGCAGCAGCAGCAGCAGCAGCACAGCUGGGCCUGAUGGCCCCGUCUUGCCUGGGAGGGGCUGGGGAGCCCCACCCCCAAAGGGGUGCAGUUGUAGGUAGCUAUACCCCUGUUAGGGAAGGAGUGCGGGUCGGACACACCUGUAUGGGGUGGAGGUUUGGGGGGCUUAUCCCAGUCCAGUCCAGCUGUCUCCUCUUGUGCAAAGUGGGGAGGGUCAGUGUGUGUGGGGGGGUGACCAGAUGCUGGUGGUGGGAGCGGGUGUCCGGUGCGUGUGGGGCGUCCCAGAUGGGUUUUGUGGCGUUCUGUAAUUCACAAUGUUCUGAAUAAACUGGUUACAUUCA